AUGCCAAUUGAUGUGCGGAACUAUGUGGAGACAUUGGUUGGCAAUGCAGUAAGAAACCUGGAAGCAGAGGUUGCAGCAAGACACAGGCAGAUACAGGAAAGUGGGGAGGGGCAGGAGCUGACCGAAACUGGCGAGGCGGGGGAGAAGUUACAGGGGGAGGAAGAGGAGGAGCAGGUGGUAAUGGAAGAGUCAUCGAGUGAAGAUGAAUCGCUCCCUGAGCUUUCGAUGGAGCUGGAUGGCCCAAGGCGCGACGCCCUGUUUGAGAAAGGCGUGCAGUACCAGAACCGUGGGCGUCUGGAGUACGCCCUGAAGUGUUACCUGGGGUGUCUGAGGGAUCUGGACGAGACAGAAGGAUUCAGCAAGUUACCUCAGUGUUUACAUCAGAUAGCCGACACCUUCUACAGGAAGGAAGAAUAUGACAAGGCCGUGCAGUUUAUCCAGGCAGAGAAGAUGUACUAUGAGAACGCCCUCAUCGAUACCACCGAGCUGCAGAAAGCUCUCAGUGAAGCAACAAGAAGCGGGCAGGGUGACACAGGAACACCUGACCCCAGGGUGCUCAGGGCCAUGGAGUUUGAGAACCUGGCACGAAUGUGCGUCCAGCGGAAGAAGCCUCAGUUGGCAUUGGAGUACUGUGGCAAGGCAGUGAAGGCAUACCAGACAGUUCUGGGAGAUGAUCAUCCUGCAACCACCCAGUGUCUGGACUAUUUUACUGUCAUCUAUGCUGAAGCUGGCAGGAAAGAAUACUCAGAUGCCAUGGGUCAGUUCCAGAGUGGACAGGAGGAGACCGAAGGACAGCUGGAUGGUACUUCCACCCUACAGGAAGGCACAACAGACGUUCAGCAGAAAGAGGGAGCAACUGCGGUAGAGACGUCUGAGGUUAGGAGACGGGCACCAGGUUCAGCUGAGAAGGAGGAGGUAGAAGAGGCUGGACAGGUCCAUUCUGAGCAGGAGAGGGGGGUACAGGACAUUCAGACACAGACUGAUGACGUUACUUGGUUGGUACUUCUCCUGGUGUUCCUGGUCACCCUGGUGCUGACGCUGGUGGGGACCUACCUGUACUGCCAGUCUGACAGGACGUCCUCCUUCUGUAACACAUGGAGAUCAGACCUCAACUACUACUACAUGAGCCUGAAGUACAGGCUGCACGGCUACCUGCCUGCAGGGUGGGGGAGGGGCUGAGUCUAUCUCACAGACCAUGUCAGGGCUCCCUGUGGGUCAUGUACAUAUGUCAUAUGUUGUGUUUUUACAAGACUAGUUAACUGCAGUGAUGCUGAAAUGCUGAAAUCCAAACCUAUUGAUGCCAGGGUUGGACAAGUUUUCCAAAAUUCACUUGUCCUAUCGGGCAAGUACAUAGAAAAUUGACUUGCCCGAACUAACUUUUCACUUGUCCGGACAUUUACAUCAACAGAAUUCUGAGUUGAAAAAUUGUUGGCUCUAUUUUUCUGUGUUGACCAAUGCUUGAUGCUAUAACUGUGAAAGGUAACAACUAUUUCAAAAUCUCUCUCAUGGAAAAAUCUUACUUGCCUGAUUGGACAAGUGGGGUAGGACAUGCACUAGCCUGAUCAGCACUUUCACUUGCUUUGGACAAUUGGGCUAGUGGACUUUUCCAACCCUGGAUUCAUGCACAGUCAUGUAAAAUUUGUGUAAACUAGUAUGCUGCUGAAGCUGUUAUGAAACAAAGUACACCAAAAAUCCCCGCGAACUUUUAUUUUGCAAAAUAUCACGUAAUUGUGGUUCUGUUUUUAUAUGUGUAUGUGUAUACUUUUCAAGUAGAUGAUGCAGGUACAAUGUAAUCUGUUUGAGUGCUUAGUGGAUUGUCUUUUCUUUAUGUGCAUCAAAACUAUUGUCUAUGGCAUAGAGAUAUUGACAAUAAAGUGCGUGCAUACGGUUUGUGUUUGAGAACAAGCAUGGGAGCAAGUGGCUCUUGGAGGUUAAUUUCAAUAACUGAAUUUUGUCCCUUAUUGAUGGCCAAAGGAACAUACAACACAUAUGUAGUCUCUGACUCUGUUGGUUUACUUCUGAGCCAUGUUGUUCAGAAACAGCAAAUUGCAAGUUCUCAGUAACAAAGUAGCAAAGUAUAUGUAGAAUUGGUGCGUACAAUUUCAUUUCAUUUUAAGAAAUUGUGCAUUUUUUGUACUGUCAAGUGUUACAGCAUGAUAGAUAUAUUCAAAUGUAUUGUGCAGUGAAUAAUUGUUUGUUAGGAUUGUCAACGUGAAGAUUGCUUGGAGAAUGCCUUCUCAUAUUGAUUUGACAUGUUUACUAUCUUGCUGUUCUGAUACACCAGAAUUCAAAAACUGAAAUAAGUUUAUGUUUCCAUUCACUAUAUGUAUAUGUAAGAUAACACAAGGGCGUCACCAUUUGCAUGUAGAAAAUUGAGUCUAAAGCCAACAUCUGCAAAACAUAAUCCUGCAUGUCAGAUGAGGCGAAAGACUGUCUUACACACUCCUGCUUUUAUCAGCAUUUUUACAGCCUUUCUGUCCCCAGUGGACAGAUUAAACUGUGUACUUUUGACAA